AUGGCGCAGCUCUACGGAGAAGACUCCGACUUCUGGACAGAAGGAGACAGCAGCGAGGGGGUCACUUCUGACGAAGAGACGGGGGGCCCCCUGGGGGCCCCCGGGGGCCCCCUGGGGGCCCCUGGGGGCCCCGGGGGCCCCCCGGGGGCCCCCGUGCUGCCGCCAGUACCCUCUUUUAUACCCUCUCCUUUGGCUGUGCCCCCGGUGUCUGCGGAGACUCUUGAGGAGCUGAAGCAGCUGAAGGAGCUUGCUGCAGCAGCAGCGGCUCCCGGCAGCAGCAGCAGCGAGCAGCAGCAGCAGCAGCAGCAGCAGCAGCAGCAGCAGCAGCCGCAGGUCGUUGGCCCUGACACGUGGGACUCGGCAGCAGACGAGGGCGAGGGCCUGAACUUCUUCCCGCAGCAGCAGCAGCAGCAGCAGGAGCAGCAGCAGCUGGGCGGGCGUGAGGCUGCCGCUGCAGAGCAGCAGCAGCAGCAGCAGCAGCAGCAGCAGGUGCUGCUGCCGCUAGACUUGCUGCUGGAUGACCUGGGGGGGCCCCCCCCAGCCCCCAAGUUUAAAGUGACUUUUACUUUAAUGGAAGAAGUCCCUUUGGAGAUAAACCCUAACCCGUCCUUGCCAGCAGCAAUAGAGUGUGGGCCCCCCGAGUUUGCUGCUGCUGCUGCUGCGCAGCGCAGCAGCAGCAGCAGCAGCAGCAGCAGCAGCGCAGCAGCAGCAGCGGGAGAGGAGCCCCCAAAGCCCAGGCCGAAGCCCAUUCGAAAGAAAUGGUGCAUUGAAGACACAGCAGAUGUUACUUUUUUUCGAAGGACUUUGCGGAAGAUUCGGCGAGAAAGAGCUGCUGCUGCUGCUGCUGCUGCUGCGGCCCGGCAGCAGCAGCAGCAGCAGCAGCAGCAGCAGCAGGGCAGCAGCAGCGACGCCCUCGAGAGCCUCUUCAGGGCCGAGCUGGCGCCGCCGCCCGACGAGGCAGCAGCAGCAGCAGCAGCUGCUGCUGCUGCAGCCCCUGCUGCUGCUGCAGAAGCCGCCGAAACCGCUGCAGCAGCAGCAGCAGCAGCAGCAGCAGCAGCAGCAGCAGCAGAAGAAGCAGCAGCAACGCAAGACUUGUCUCCUGAAGAAGAACCCCUCGCCAUUGAGUUUGGAUUCCCUUUAGAUGACUUUCAAAAAAGGGCCAUUUUGAGGUUGGAAAAAAACCAGUGUGUCUUCGUCGCAGCCCAUACCAGCGCAGGCAAGACGGUGGUGGCUGAGUACGCAAUUGCGCUGGCGCUGCAGCGGCGGCGGCGCUGCAUUUUCACUUCUCCUUUAAAAGCUUUAUCAAAUCAAAAGUACAGAGACUUCAAGCAGAAGUUUGUUUCCGUAGGGUUGAUAACGGGGGACAUCUGCAUCAACCCUGGCGCGGCUUGUCUGAUUGUCACUACCGAAAUCUUGAGAAGUUUGUUGUUCAG